CUCUCUCUCUCUCUCUCGUUCUCUGCCCGUGUCAUCAUCGAGAUCAUGAAGUUCGUCCCGAUCUUGUUGCUUGUCGCAGCGGUCGUUUUCGCCGCCGAAGAGAAGAAGGAGGAAGAACGUCCUAAAACGUUUAGAAGACUCAUACCUGCUGACGUUCUUCGCGAUUUCCCCGGUAUGUGCUUCGCUUCAACAAGAUGCGCCACAAUCGAACCAACGAAAUCCUGGGACUUGACGCCAUUCUGCGGUCGUUCCACUUGUGUGCCAGCCGAUGAUAAUUCCGGGCGUCUUUUUGAACUUGUCGAGGACUGUGGACCGCUGCCGAAAGCUAAUCCGAAAUGCAAACUGUCGGACAAAACUAACAAGACCGCCCCGUUCCCGGACUGUUGUCCCAUCUUCGAAUGCGAAGGAGGAGCAAAACUCGAAUAUCCGGAAAUUCCAACUUUGCCGCCGCCUACGGAAAUCGUAGAAACCGAGAAAACCCCGGAAGAGGCACCAACGAAGGCUUAAAUUCUAAAAUGAAAGGGAGAUAUUA